AUGACAAUCCUACAAAGCCGCUUGAGCCCCGAGAUCGAUAAAUAUCAACCAAUAGAACAAGCAGGGUUUCGUUCUGGGUUCUCCACCACGGACCAUAUACAAGUUCUGCAACAAGUAAUGGAGAAAUACAAAGAGUUCAACAGACCUCUGUACAUUGCUUUUAUUGAUUAUGCUAAAGCGUUCGACAAGAUUUCUCAAAACGCUAUCUGGGAAGCAAUGAAAAAAUACCACAUAAAUCAAAACUAUGUAAGAGUACUAAAGAACAUCUAUGAGGGCAGCGUAAGCCAAGUCAAACUGGAAACACGAGGUCUCGACAUACCGAUCUGUCGAGGAGUGAGACAAGGGGACCCUCUCUCACCCAAACUGUUCAUAAUGGUUCUACAAUACAUUUUUGACAAUCUCAACUGGCAGUCGGAAGGGAUCAGAGUUAACCAAGAUCAACUUACACAUCUCAGAUUUGCGGACGAUAUUGUCUUAUUCGCUGAAACAAGUAAGAGAUUAGAAAAAAUGAUAAGUAUUCUAAGCGAUGAAAGCGAAAAAGUAGGCUUCAAAAUGAAUGAGAACAAAACUAAAAUAUUAACAAACAGUCUAACAAAACCUAUUACAAACGGCAAGCCUUGA